AUGAGCCUUGAUCCAAGCGCUUUUCCGAGGUCGGACUCCCCCGCAAGCUCCCGAAAGCUCCCUGACGCGCACGCGGCUACAAGGACAGCAAGGUCUGUAUCUCCCGCAAAGCUUCGUUCGCCCUUCAUAGAACUGGUGUCUAAUGAUGUUUUGGCAAAUAUAGGAUCCCUCAAGAAAGACAAGAGUUAUCGCCGCUAUGCUUCCAGCGUUGAACGAGCGUUGUCGCUGUUCGAUAACGCCCUACAAGAAUGGGCCGACUAUAUCUCCUUCCUCAGUCGCCUGCUAAAGGCGCUUCAAAACCAUCCUCCUGAUCAACCGGUCGUCCCGCAUAAGGUUUUGGUCUCAAAACGACUUGCCCAAUGCUUGAACCCAUCAUUGCCUUCGGGCGUUCACCAGAAGGCGCUCGAAGUUUAUACGUACAUAUUCGGGCUUAUCAAGCUCGAGGGACUGUCGCAUGACCUCCCACUGUACCUGCCUGGCCUUGCCCCGACCUUGACCUUCGCUUCGCUCACCGUUCGUCCGCUGUUUCUAUCGCUGGUAGAAGGGUAUAUUGUCGACCUAGAACCAUGGGCUAUUCGGCCCGCGCUGAAAGCAAUCCUUCUCGCCUUACUGCCUGGGCUGGAAGAGGAGACAAGUGAUGACUUUGAACCGACAUUGCGGAUAAUCAACAAGCUGCGACAUGUAUCUGGGCAACUUGAGACACAAAGGACGUCCGAGGCUGGCGCUUCUGGGCAAUACUUCUGGCAAUGCCUGUUUCUGGCCUCGAUCACAAAUUCCAGCCGACGGCUCGGCGUGCUUGCAUACCUGAACCGUUAUCUUCCUAAGCUGGGCAUCGCUGAUCGUCGUCUAAGCACAGUGGAUAGCAACGAUAUGAAGGACAUACCGGCCGAAAUUUUGGCGGCUGCCGAUUCUGUCAUUCUACCAGAGCCAGGCCUAUUGAUUCGUUGUUUUGCAUCGGGUCUUUCUGAUGAACAGCUCUUAGUGCAGAGAAACUUCCUUGAUCUGCUGGUCACUCACUUGCCCCUGAACUCUCCGAUAUUACAGUCUCGCAUCGCCGACAAUGAUUUGCGAACGUUGAUCGUGGCUGCCGUGGGCGUGGUCACCCGACGAGAUAUGAGCUUGAACCGCCGCCUCUGGGCGUGGUUCCUGGGACCAGAGCCUGCGACUGAGCGACAUUCGACGGACGACCGAAAAUUCUCAUCAGAAACGGCUCGCUCGACCUCCAUUGAUGGCAAGGAACUUUCUCAAUCUCAAUACUUCAGCCGCGUUGGUCUGCAGCCCUUGGUCAACGGUCUUCUGAAUAUGAUCAAGCAGUCCCCAAUAGUCCCUCAUGAAAGGACGAAGCCUUUCCGAAUUGCGCUAUCCUUGAUGGAUCGUUGGGAGAUUGGUGGCUAUAUUGUCCCGGCCGUUUUUCUUCCAAUAAUGAACAGUGUCCAAUCAUUUGAGGGACAGGCACCCAGAAACCACUUUGAAGAAGUGUUUAGGAGUGCCAGCGCUUUCUUCGAUGGCGUCGAGAGUAGUGUCAUUUUUGCGGAGCUGUUGGGUCUAAUUGACUUUCGUGUGUCAGAUGUCGACAACACUAACGGUCAAGCCUUGCACAACCUGAAACUGGCCGAAUUUAUUCUCGAAAACUUCAACGUCCGAGAGGAGGAUAUGGUCCAGGUCCAUGUUCCUCUUUUGACGGUGUCAUUGUUGGCCAAGAUGGGUGAACUCUCUUCUUUGAAAGCGCCAUCGUCAGGAACAGCUGUAACUAGGCAAGCCGUGUCCAAUUCAUUGCACAAAGUGCUCACAUCAUUGGCACCUCUUCUUACAGAGCGGGCAUUCUCAAAGAAGCCUGGUUCUGAGAAGUCUAACACCGCUGAUGCAAAAGUACGGAACGGUGAACUGCUGCUGAAGGUUCACCGAUUCUACGAGAGCAGCAAGAACAGUCUUGAGCUUCCACCUCUCCCGUUCGCUCCGAAGCAACUUGGCGAGAUGAUCGUUCGGGAAGCUCAUGAGCUAUCUAUCCAGGCUUUGGAAGGCGACGAUAGUACUUCGUCAACUUCGUCACUUCACGAGAAGCUCAAUAUCCUAGUAACAUUGCUUCAAAAACUUCCGAGGUCGCGUGUUCUUCGAGACAGACGACUGUUUGAGGCAAUCUCGGGAAGACUCUCCAGAAAUGCCGAAGGGUCUACAACAGCAUCUUUCGCAGUUGUUUCCACCAUUGCCUCUGCACUGACCAACCUUUUCUUCAUUCAGAGCCCUGGGUUUUAUGUUAGCUACCCAGACGCAUCAGAUAUUAUUCCAGGCCUAGUUCAAAGGCUGUGGCGAUACCUAUCACCAUCAAGCCCCAAGUUCCACGUGGAGGCUGUACGCUGUUUGUGGUCAUUGCACUCAAUUUCCUGGGUGGAUCACCUUGUGGAGGCGUCCAUUACUUCACACAUGGUCAACGCGUCUAGUGCAGGUUCAUAUUCCCUAUUAUCAGAAGAGCAAGCAGAGAAGUUCUACGUCCUGUGGAACCACAGUCAUCAUGGUGGACAUGACCAGCCUCCCAAACAAGUCUUGGAAGUUGGAGGGACUUCGUUCUCCUAUCAAUGUUCGAUGCUCGAGCGCCCACUGUUUAUCGUAUUAGACCUUUUGUCACAGGGACCUGGUGAUGUUUCCCAAAGUGUUCAACAGUGGCUUCAGGAUCUCCCAUCGAUCCAUAGAAUUUUCCAUGUUGUUGUUUCCAAGCUCGAAGAACUGUUCGAGCGUGAUGUCCCUGGUGCGAAAAGUAACCAAGCGAUCUCUCCAGACGAUUACAAAGAAUACACUUACUUACUGCGCACGGCGUCGAAUAUCGUCUCAACUCUGUCCCACCCCGGGUGGAUUACACUCCUUACACAUACCGUCGGCCAACUUGAGAAACGGCCAAAUGGCCCAAAGUUGGAUGACAAUGCAAACUCUAAAAGCCUUCAUGCCACAAUAUUCGAGGCCUCCUUACGAAUAAUCAGCGACCAAGAGCCAGACACCACAGAAGUCACGCCUGAAGGAGAGAAGCUGCAAAACGCUGCACUGUAUCUCAUGCGACAACUUCUUUUGGGCCCUGGUGCUGAAGACCUAGUCGAAUCUGGGAUCGAUGAAUUCCUAGUCGAUCGACUUCUUGUCGAGGCAAAUGAAGGAGAUAGCAUUGCCGUUCAACGUGCACUCAUCGACGCUCUUCUAGCGGCUCUCAAAGUACGAUUCGCACAGGCGUACUUGCCGCCACCUCCUCCUCGACUGAAGGAUCCGCGAGCCGCCUCACGUGAACGAUUGACCAGCCCGUCUAUAUUGUCCUUUACCAGUGACAAGGCAGAAAGAGCGCCGUCGAUGCCCCAACUUCCACGACCGCCCGAGCGCCUCCUAGACUGUCUGCUCAAAGGCAUUAGUUCCGCAAAAUCUCGAGAUAUUGUGGAUAAAUGGAUCGGCCUGCUCUGCGAAGUACUCCCACUCUACUCGCACUCAAUCUUCCAGAUUCUUCUCAUGCUUGUCGAAUGCUUUUGCAGGGAAAUCAAAGCCUCUUUUGGGAGACUUCAGCUUGCAUUUCAACAAACAGAAGAUUGGCCACAAGAUCGCUCGGAACAUGUGACAAUCGCCCUACUGACGGGCCUUGAAACAUGUAUCGCGCAUGCCCACGAGCGUCUAUUGGUAGAAGAGUCACAUACCCCAGCAGCGAAAAGCCCUGACCAACCCCAGGGCUUCUUUGGAAACAUGGUAUCUGGAGUCUUCCAUUCGGAUGGCAGCCUGGGUCGGACCAAUACUGCCAAUGACCGAUUGACUGUACUACUCUGCUUCCAGGACGCCGUUCGGGAUAAUAGCGCAACUGCCCCUGACACUGAGUCGAUGGCAUCUUUCCAAUACACAUCACUGCGUAUGCGGAACAGGUCCAGGAGGAUCCUAGAACAUUUCUUUGGCGCCGAGGCGCUUGAAUGUCUGGAGACAUUAGUGGAAAUGUGGGCCAAGUCAGAUAUAGAGACUGCAUCGCUCAUCUUCAAUCUUCUGCAUACCCUGGAUGGUUCAAGCCCGAAGAUCACCAUCCCGGCUGUCUUCAAUGCGAUCUACACGCGCACGAAUCCGGCUGCUUUAGAUCAAAACCGCAAGUCAUCGUUGACAUCGAGCUUGUCUGAAUCCGAGCUUGCCAGUUUCUUGGUUGCCUAUGCACGCUCUUUGGAUGAUGACGUACUGGAUGAGAUUUGGACGGACUGCACAACAUUCUUGCGGGAUGUACUAAGCAAUCCAUUCCCCCAUCGCCAGAUCCUCCCACGACUGAUUGAAUUUGCGGCUAUCUUGGGCUCAAAGUUGGAAAACACAACGUUCGGUGAAGAUCGGCGUAUGCGCAAGGAGCUCGGUGACGUGGUUCUGCGGUUACUCACAGCUGUUUUCACUAGCAAGCCCCUUGGACUUAACCAGGAAUCUGGUCUCAUGGCCAGGUCAUCUCUGGAAUAUGACCGCACUGCGGUGUCUCAUACAGGCCCCGACGAUAUGUUGAGUAUCUUGGCGGUCUCCAUGUCAUCAUUCCUUACAACCUUGGGUGAUCCAGAUCGCAUCAACACUGCCAUCAGUGCCGUGUCCACCAAUGUGGUUGGACCACUUAUUCGCUCCCGCCUCUUCCCCAAUAACCUCAACCGCAACGUGAUGGUCAUUUUACAGCAAAUGGCUAAAGUGCCCGCCGCCGCAAAGCUCUGGAAGAAAGAUAUCUCUGAUGCUUUCAAUGACACUCGCUUCUUCGGACUUCAUCUGGAUUUGAUCAAGGGCUGUUGGAUGGAACUUUUGCGGCAGUGGACUCUUGCAGAUAAAGAUCGCCUAUCAGAGAUCCUGAGUCGCCUUCCACCUCCGAGCGCGGCGGGAAUUAUGUUUGGUGUUGGGGCAUCUGCUGCGCGAUUGGAAGCGGAUCGAAAGGCGCAAUUGAACCUUCGCCGCAUUGCUUUGCUGAUCCUCUCGGCAAAUGACGACUACUUUGUCGCAGAGCUACCAGGCUUGCUCCAGAAGCUUGAAGACCUCUUGGCUGCGACCAGCGCUUCUUCACCGUCAUCUGCAACGCGGGCGGAGAUUUUCAUGGUUCUUCGUGCCGUGGCUCUCAAGACGUCUGCGACAGCAAUUGCACCGUUCUGGCCAUUGAUCAACGCCGAGCUACAAGAAGCCGUUUCAGCAGUACCCCGAAACUCCCAGUCAGAGCUCUACAAUGCUUAUUCGCUGCUUCAGGCUUGCAAGCUUCUCGACGUUCUCUUGGUGAUUGCUCCAGACGACUUCCAGCUCCUGGAAUGGCUCUUCGUGACCGACACGAUUGACGCGGUGUACCCUCCAAACCGUUGGGAACCAGUCGCUCUAGCCGACGAGGUCUCGCAAAGCUUCGGACCUCGCGGUGUGUUCUCACCGACCAUCCCUGGAGACUCCACGGAGCCUGCAGUACGCAGUGGCUUCAAACGACCCUGGCUCAUCUCAGACCAGAUCCGAGAAACUGCAAAAGAUGAGAUUGUUGAGCGAGUAUUGCGGCCUUUCUUUGACAGGUUGAGUAUCUAUGUGUUUGAAAGUACGUACGGAAUGGAGAGCGUGGAUUUCGGAGUGUGCCGAGAUGAUCUGUUGGCAGAUCUGUUCAACGAAAGCACCAUGGCAAACUGA